AUGGCCGUCGUUAUCAAUAAAGGUAUUUUCAUAGUGGCUGCUAAACGCACGCCAUUCGGCAGAUUCGGAGGAGCCUUCAAAGAAGUAUACCCCUCUGAUCUUCUGGCUGUAGCUGCUAAAGAUGCUCUCAAAGCCGGCAGCGUCGCACCAGAGGUCAUCGACACCGUCAACAUUGGACAAGUCUAUGGACUUAGUGGAUCAUCAGACGGCGGUUUGUCUCCUCGUCAUGCAGCACUCAAGGCUGGAAUUCCUCAAGAGAAGCCAGCUCUUGGUAUUAGCAGACUCUGUGGGUCUGGUUUCCAAGCUGUAGUGAACAGUGCCCAGGACAUUAUCACAGGAGCUGCCCAAACAUCUUUGGCUGGAGGCACAGAAAACAUGUCAACUGUUCCCUUCGUAGUCAGAAACACGCGUUUUGGAGUUGGCUUAGGUGUGAAGAUGCCGUUCGAAGAUCUUCUCACCACAUCAUCAUUAGACACAUCCUGCAACUUUACCAUGCCACAAACAGCUGAGAACCUUGCUGAGAAAUAUGGCUUGCAAAGGAUGGAGGUCGAUCAGUUCGCAUUGCAAUCACAGCAGAGGUGGAAAGCAGCACAUGAGCAAGGCGUAUUCAAAGCGGAGAUGGCCCCAGUAACAGUGAGGGUCAAGAAGCAAGAUAAGGUGGUGGAAGUGGACGAGCACCCUCGCCCCGAAACCACAACUGAAAUGCUCAGUAGACUGCCAGUGUUGUUCAGAAAAGGAGGCGUUGUUACCGCUGGCAAUUCUUCUGGCGUAAACGAUGGUGCCGGUGCGAUAGUCCUGGCAAGCGAGGAGUCUGUAAAGCAGAACGGAUUCACACCACUAGUACGACUGCUGGCAUGGUCUGCGGUAGGUGUGGACCCUUCCAUCAUGGGCAUUGGACCUGUCCCCGCCAUACAAAACAUAUUAUCUGCCACAGGAUUGAAGCUGGAUGACAUCGAUUUGAUUGAGAUCAACGAAGCCUUUGCAGCUCAGACUUUGGCAUGCGCCAAGGAGUUGGGUCUGGACCAGAGCAAAUUGAACGUCAAUGGAGGUGCUAUUGCUAUGGGACACCCGGUAGGAGCAUCAGGCGCUAGGAUUACAGCACAUCUUGCUCAUGAGCUCAGACGCCGAGGACUCAAGAGGGGUAUCGGGUCAGCUUGCAUUGGCGGAGGCCAGGGAAUUGCACUACUUCUUGAGACUGUUUAA